ACGAAGAGAGUCUGUGACAAUGCUGGACGAGCCCUCAGAAAUAUUACAAGCACAACUUCCCAAGGCAGAAUGGCUAACGUCAGGCAAACAGACAGUGUGGAUUGGCCUUCGCAUUGGGCAGCGCUGCUCAUUCUUCUGGUCAUCGUUCCCACCAUCGGCGGAAACAUCCUGGUCAUUCUGGCAGUGUCGCUGGAGAGAAAACUCCAGAACGCCACUAACUUCUUCCUGAUGUCUCUGGCUGUGGCUGAUCUGCUGGUAGGACUGCUGGUGAUGCCCAUCGCUUUGGUCACAGUGCUUUACAACUCCACAUGGCCCCUUGCAGAUUUCCUGUGCCCGAUCUGGCUGUUUCUGGAUGUCUUGUUCUCCACUGCGUCCAUCAUGCACUUGUGUGCCAUCUCUCUGGACCGCUACAUAGCCAUUAAAAAACCCAUCCAGCACAGCCAGUUCAAGUCCAGAGCUAAAGUGCUGGCUAAAAUCGCACUUGUCUGGCUAAUCUCCAUAGGCAUUGCGAUACCGAUUCCAAUCAAAGGGCUUCAAUUCUUUGAUCAUCCGAACAUCACCUUCAACAAAAACCACACCUGCUUGUUGUCGCCGGAGGGCUUCAGGGACUUCAAGGUGUACGGGUCUUUGGUGGCUUUCUUCAUACCCCUCGCAAUCAUGAUGAUCAUUUACUUGCUGACAAUCCAAGUACUGCGGAAAAAGGCCUAUCUUUUAAGAUCGAGAGCUGCGAGGCCCUCCAUUUCCACGGUCUUCCAGCAGGAACUCUCAGUUCUUGCUUCACCAGAGAAAAUGGUCAUAUCGAAUGGAAUAAAAAGAGACCGAACACUGAACCCCGUCAAUCCCAUCACAGGAGAUGAGGUCCCUCUGCGCAGGAUGUCCACCAUAGGAAAGAGGUCCAUGCAAAACUUGACCAAUGAACAAAGGGCCUCGAAGGUUCUGGGGAUCGUAUUCAUGCUGUUCGUUGUGAUGUGGUGUCCUUUCUUCAUUACUAACGUGACUUCUGUGCUCUGUGAAAGGUGCAACGGUAAUCUAGUGGACCAGCUGCUGGAUAUCUUUCAGUGGGUGGGCUAUGUUUCGUCAGGCAUCAACCCGCUGGUCUAUACUCUGUUCAAUAGGACGUUCAGACUGGCCUUCAGGCGCUACAUCACCUGUAACUACAAGAGCGUGAGGACUCCGAAACUGCAACGGAGAAGCAAAAUCUCCUUUCGUUCAUCAGUGACCGAAAACUCAAAGCGGUUUAUGAAACACGGUAUGAAGAAUGGCAUCAGCCCUGUAGGUUAUCAGAGUCCGAUCAGGCAUCGAUCAACGCAGCUGCAGACGUCUGCAAAUAUCAUGUUAGACACGUUGCUGUUGACAGACAAUGAAGACUGCAAACCUGAUGAACACGUAAGCCACGUGUAG